AUGACAUCACCAUUACGUAAAGGUGAUGCCUUUUAUAUAUUUCAUGAAUGUGUUCAUAUUCAUGGAACAGAACUUCAAUAUCGAUGUUCACUUUUAGUUCCGAAUCUUAUUGGUGUUUAUAGAGAAUAUAUUGAUAAAGAUGAAAAACUUGUUUCUCAAUGUUCUAAAUCAGUUAUUUCAUUCGGUCACGAAAUUGAAAUUGUUACUAAAAUGAAUUGA